AUGGCGGGGGCCUACCCCACAAGUUUCUCGCCCACAACAACAAAAUUUCCAGGCCCAUAUAAUCCACGUCCCCGAGCAAACUAUACGAGAGAACAAGGUCAAAAAGAAAAUUUCACCCCAAUUGGGGAAUCGUAUACGAGUUUGUUACGAAAAUUGAUACAAUUGAGACUGGUUGAACCUGUCAAUCCGUACGUUGUCAAUCCAAAUGCAAGAGGAUUUGAUCAAACUAUUAUAUGCGAGUAUCACGUCAACGCUCCAGGUCAUAGCAUAGAGAAUUGUUGGACCCUAAAAAGAGUCAUUGAGAAGUUAAUUGAGGAUAAGGUAAUCGAGGUACGCAAUGAGGAAGCACCAAAUGUCGCCAAUAACCCACUCCCUGCUCAUAAUAAUGAGCGUGUUGUGGGGAUGGUUGGCAUUUUUGAAGAUUAUGAGCAAACAAGUAGAACAAAAGUGGAAAGCAAUGUUUUAAGAGAAGAGUCUAGUAUGGUUUUAGAACCCAUACAAAGGGCACCGAUAAUUGUUAAAGGUGCACGUUCGAAUUCUGGGAACUCGAGGAAGCUAGUGUUGUAUGUCUCUGAGUCUAUAAAAAGAGGAGACGUACAGUUGAAUGGACCAAAAUGCUACAUUCCUGGUAAAUUUUCAACGUUUGAUCAAAAUCAAAAAGGUAUGAAAGAUCCAGUUGUGAUACAAAUUGCAGCACAACUUCCUAUCACAAACACCAAGGCCGUUCUGUGGAACUACAACAAAGUCGUCGUUACUCACAAGGGAAAAGAGAUUGUCGAAGAAACAAAUGAAACAAGAGGCUUGACUCGUUCCGGAAGAUGUUAUGCUCCGGAAGAAUUAAGGAGGGACAAACAAAUCAAAGAAAAUCACAUACCGAUGAAAAAACCACUCACUGAGAAAGAUGCUGAAGAGUUUAUGAAAAAGAUGAAAGCUCAGGAUUAUUCUGUUAUAGAUCAGUUGAGGAAAACGCCUGCUCAAAUCUCUUUAUUGUCAUUACUCAUACAUUCUAAAGAACAUCGUGAAGUGUUGACCAGAAUUUUGAAUGAGGCACAUAUAUCAGAAAAUAUUACGGUAGGUCACUUGGAAAACAUGGUCAAUCAAAUUUUUGAGGUGAAUAGAAUCACUUUCACUGAUGAUGAAUUGCCCUUGGAAGGAUCUGGACAUAAUAGGGCUCUACAUUUAACCGUGAAAUGUGAAGAACACUAUGUGAAGAGAGUCAUGGUCGAUGGAGGAUCAAGUGUAGACAUAUGCCCUCUUUCCACUUUGCAGACGGAGUUUGGAAUCACUUUCCAAGUUAUUGACAUGGACACGUCUUACAAUCUGCUUUUGGGUAGGCCAUGGAUCCACAUGGCAAAAGCUCUGCCAUCUACUCUACACCAAGUGGUCAAGUUUGAACAUGACAAACAAGAAAUCAUUGUCCAUGUUGAAGAUGAUCUCCCAAUCACCCGAGAUCCUUAA